AUGUCCUUGAAGCCAGAAAAGAAAAAGGACCCGACCCUGAGGCCCUACCGCUGUCCCAUGUGUGACAAGGCCUUUCACCGUCUAGAGCACCAAACAAGACAUAUCCGUACACACACGGGCGAGAAGCCCCACCUGUGUCUGUUUCCAGGGUGCAAUAAGAAGUUUUCGAGAUCCGACGAGUUGACCAGACACCUGCGUAUCCACACCAACCCGAACUCCAGACGCAACAAGAACCUCAGCAAAUCGUCCCUGGCCUCGAGCCCGGAGUUGCAGUUUGCCCAGGUGCCCGUCCAGACAACCCAGGUCCAGACCCCUCUGUCUCCGCAAAACGGCCAGAAAGAGUCGCCUGUCAAGCGGGAUGCCUCUCCAGUAAGCGGUCCACUGAGCCAGCCAAGUCUCCCGAACGGAUCCCACGCUUUCCAGGCUCUGCCAAGUGCCCAAGGUGCCUCAUCUUCUCAGACCGCCCUGGGCUCCACUCCUCCAACUUCCCAGCCUGCUAACGGCUCCAGCGCCACCCAGGCCGUGUCUCCACCCGCCAAAGCCGAAAUGGAGCCUCCCAAACCCGACCUUUCCUCGCCCAAAAUAUCCCCCAAAAUCACCCCUGCAAGAAUAAGACCCCGUCCAAGACAGCUGCGCUCCACGAUGAACAUCGACCUUUUGGCCUCCGCAGCCACUGAGGAGCUCAAGUCCUUGGAGAAAUUCUCCUACUCACAACCUCCUUCCGUGGGCGAGGAGGUGCCGCCCAACUCUCGCUCGCUCCCAUCUCUCACAGACUACUUCAACUCAGGCAAGGUCCCCAAGUUCGGCUUCAACGCAUCCUCCUCGUCCAACAGCCUUCAGUACCUCUCCAGCGUGGCUCUUAACGCCGGGCCUACCAACAGCAACAGCUACACGACGCUAUCCAAGGCGCCCAAAUCGCAUCUUAAUACACUUCUGGCUCUCCAGAAGAUGACCCCGCUCAACAAGUCCCAAGUGCACCAGCCGACGCCCUCGAGAAACCACAUCAUGGAGGACUCCGACUUGGACUAUGUCCAGUCCAGACUCAAGAAGAGCAGGGCCAGUUCUCCCACGGGGAACUUCACCUUGCCCAACUCUCCUGUCCUCGGCCUCUCCACAGCCAACACCCCCAUUAUCUCCGCCAACAACUCUUCCACCAACUUGUCGUCUUUCUUCAUGACGCCCGCGAUGGGCCACCACAGCAACGUCUCCAACAACUCGACCUCGUCGAUGCUUGAGAGACAAACAUCCAACCCGGUUGCCAUCAGACAGAUGAACACCACGCCUCCGUCGUCCACGGCUCUGGCGUCAGGCGAAUCGGGCGAGUCUCCCAUGCAAGUGGACCAGCCUUCGGUGACCCAUUUGCCCCCAUUGCGGAGCCUCAAGCUUGACUUGCCGUCAAACUUGUCGAUGAAAGAAAGCAAGCCGUUGAGAACGACAUAUCAGCAGUUUUCAUCCGGCUCGUCAGACGAGCUCAAGCGGGUGUUGGAGGAGUAA